AUGGUUCAUCGCUGUGAUAGAUCCUUGCCUGCUAGUCGUAAGCAGUCUGGCGGCGGCGCUUUGAUAGCAGUUCGUAAUGGUAUUGUCAAUAGACGUUUAUAUACUGGGUCUAACAUCGAAUGUGUAUUUGUCCUUGUAACUGUCGGCCCUGAUUACAGCAUACUAGUAGCUUGUGUUUAUAUUCCCCCAUCAAGUCCUCUCUAUGUCUAUAAUGAUUUUUGUGACUCUACUGGAGAAGCUGUCGAGCUUGCAAACCAGCCGAAGAAAUUAUUAAUUGUUGGUGAUUUUAACCUGCCUCAUUUUGACCUUAGUUCUAAAACUACAGGCCUCUUGCGACAAGCAAGUGAACACAUUAAGGACAUGUCAGCUCUUCACUCCCUUUACCAGAUUAACCACGUUCGUAACCACAGGGGUGUAUCUCUCGACUUAGUCUUUUGCUCCGAACGGGAAGUUGAGGUCAUCAGGGCUAACGAUUUUCUGACUACACCAGAUAUUCAUCACCCACCUCUAGCUCUAGCUAUACAAUUUCGGACGUCUGCUCUUUCUGCUGAUUGCUACAUGGGGCACAAUUUGUGGAAGUGUAAUCUGGAUUCUGCUUUUGAAGACCUGCGAAGUACUGAUAUGACAUUCAUAUAUGAUAAAUCCUCAGUUGAUGACAAGUUUAAUCGGCUUAUGAAGUCAUUGGAGGACAUCAGUCUAAAGGCAAGCCCAACAAAGAAAUUUGGCAUAUCGCACUUCCCGAGUUGGUUUUCUGGAGAGCUAAAAAGACUCAUAGUUAAGAAAAAAGUAGCUCACAAACGCUACAAAAGAAGCCUCAAUCUUGCCCAUUACUAUGAUUUCUCUAAGCUUAGAGACACUUGUAGGACUAUGUCCCGUGAAUGCUAUAGACAUUACUUGUCUAAUGUUGAAUCGAAUAUCUCAACUAAUCCUCGGGCGUUUUGGGGUCUGGUCAAGGCUCAAAGGAAGUCACCUGACAUACCGUCCAUGCUACAUCUUGAUGGAGAGGAGGCCACGGAUUCCUCAAGCAUAUGCCAAUUGUUUUCCACUUACUUUAGUUCUGUCUAUUCGCCACAAUCGCAUUGCUCCCUCAACCAUUGUUACGCCAAUUCGGACUGCUUAUGCUGCCUAAAACUAACCAGGGAGGAGGUCUUGCUCAAGCUUGAGCAUCUGGAUAUCACUAAGGGCGCGGGGCUUGACAACGUUCCUCCUUCUGUCAUUCAUCGCUGCCGCAGCCUCCUCGUUGAUCCUCUUACAUCUCUCUUCAACGAGUCACUGGAAAUGGGCAUUUUCCCAGCGCUUUGA